CUUUCUCGCUACCAAAGUUUCAUCAGGAUCUAAGGCAGCUACGAGAUCGACUAUGGCGUGGUGGCCUGACGGCGGUUUUUUUAUGAUGAUGAUGAUGACCAUCAUUUCUUUUGUUCAAGCCGAAGAUUCCAACCGCUUCUUCGACUUGAGGGUCACUUACGGCAAUGUCUCUGUGAAUAAGUACGUUCCUCCAACACGGGUAAUUCUAAUAAACGGAAAAUUUCCCGGACCGGAGCUUUACGUAGUCACCAAUGAUAAUUUGAUCAUCAAUGUUCACAAUGAUCUAGACGAGCCUUUUCUUUUGUCUUGGAACGGCUUGCAUCUAAAGAGAAACUCUUACCAAGAUGGAGUGUAUGGGACGACUUGUCCAAUCCCACCUGGAAAGAAUUACACUUAUGCCUUCCAUCUCGGAGACCAGAUCGGAAGUUUCUUCUACUUCCCUUCGCUGGCCGUUCAAAAAGCCGCCGGUGGUUUUGGUGCCAUCCGUAUCCUCAGUCGCCCUGGCAUUCCCGUCCCUUUCCCGCAACCAGCCGGAGACUUCACCCUCCUCAUCGGGGAUUGGUAUACUGGGGAAGACCACAAGGAUUUAAAGGCACGUUUGGAUGGAGGACGCAUGAUACCUAGGCCUUCUAGUGUUUUGACCAAUGGCAAUGGAGACACCGCCUCUACUUCUUUAACUGUCGACAAAGGUAAAACGUACAGAUUCAGAAUAUCAAAUGUGGGGCUUCAACUGUCCCUAAACUUCGAAAUAUUAGGUCAUAUGUUGAAGCUCGUUGAGGUCGAGGGAACCUACACAAUCCAAACCAAGUUCACUUCACUCGACAUUCACGUUGGUCAAUCUUACUCUGUCCUGGUCACCAUGGACCAGCCUCCCCAAAACUAUUCGAUUGUCGUGGGGACGAGAUUCACUGACACACGAUCUACGAAUAUAAUUAUUCUUCACUACUCCAACUCCAAAAGCUCUAAAUUUGUCCCUAAUAGACAACCUGACAAUGACAUAGACUUUUCGAUUAAACAGGCUCGGUCCAUUAAGACUAACCUGACUGCCUCCAGGCAAAGGCAAGAUGCUCAGGGCUCAUACCAUUAUGGUCGAAUCAAGAUUUCCAGGACAUUAAUACUUGAAAGCUCAGCAGGCGUUGUGAACAGGAAGCAACGAUAUGCCAUAAAUGGCGUAUCAUUCGUUCCUGCUGAUACUCCACUGAAGCUAGCAGAUUACUUUAAGAUCAAAGGUGUUUUCAAAGUAGGAAGCAUCCCAGAUAAGCCUGGAAGAGCAGGGAUCAGACUAGAAACAGCAGUGAUGGGAGUAAACCACAAGGAUUUUCUUGAGAUCGUCUUUCAAAACCGCGAGAAGUUCGUCCAGACUUACCAUCUCGAUGGAUACAACUUCUGGGUUGUCGGGAUUGGUAAUCGAUGGUCUACAUGGUCACAGGCGAGCAGAGGAGGGUAUAACCUCAGGGAUGCUAUUUCUCGCUCCACUACUCAGGUCUAUCCAAAAUCUUGGACAGCUAUAUAUGUGGCUUUAGAUAAUGUGGGGAUGUGGAAUUUCAGAAGUGAGUUUUGGGCAAGACAAUACUUAGGUCAACAAUUCUACUUCCGAGUUCACUCUCCGGCUAACUCUACCAGAGAUGAAUAUCCUUUGCCUAAAAAUGCUUUGUUGUGUGGUCGAGCCUCAAACAGACACAGGCGCGACUUCAUACCCUAGCUCCUAUUGACAUGAUGCCGUUCAUAUCAAUCUUGAAUGAAUUAACCAAUAUAUUUUAAUGAGUAAUAUAAUAUAUCCACACCAAAAGAUAAAAGGUUACUCCUAUAAGCUUCAAAGUAGCUCCUGACUAUACACUUCAAAAACAAUUCACGUAUAUAUGUAUUUGUUUAGUUGAUCA